UCUCUCUCUUGGACGCAAAUUCUGUCUAUGUGAGCAAUCAGAACGGGCUUGCACCACCACCACCACCGCACUUUCCAGUGCCCCACUCCCCACCCCAGUCCAAGUGAACGCGGCUCAUCUAUAAAAGAGGGGCACGGAAGGGAGACCCAGGAGGAGUGCGGGUAAUAUCUGGCGGAAGAGCAAGGAGCCACUCAUGGAGUCGCCAAUUCUGUGGAACCACGAGAGCGUGACUGAGAGGCCCGCGCGCUGGGAAGGCCUCGUGGUGGCCCUGGGCGCCGUGGCUCUGAUCGUGACCGUCGCGACGAGCGCGUGGCAGCUGCUCCGCAAGGGCCGACGGCCGACCCCCGUGCCCUUCCCCAACUUCGAUCACCGCUACCUGGAGGCCAAGUAUGGCCGCGAUGGGUCCCGGCCCCACGGCAAGCGUCCAUCCUUUGACGAGUCUGCGGACCGCUGGUACGAGACCGGGGAGCGCCGCGCCUGCGCGACAUCCCCACUGCGCGUCCUCUUCUUGCGCCACGGCUACGAGGCGAUGGACGGCUCCGAUGGCCGGGCGCGAGGCCCCACGCCGCUCUCCCGCUCCGCCUCCGCCGACUCCGUCUCCUCCGUGUCCUCCGUGGCGCCCGACUUCGGCUUCCAAGACGACGGCGGCGGCGGCGAGAUGGGGGAGUGCGAUCCCAGGGUGGAGGUGGCCGUGCAAUGCGGGCAAGGGGAGCGAGGCGGUGGCGGUGGCUCGGAGCUGCGGCUCGCGUUGCUCGGAGCGCGCGGCUCCGUGGACGCAGCCGCGGCUCCGUGGAGGGUCCGGCUCACGCUGCUGGGGCAAAGCGGAGCCACUCACCUGGGCGACAGCGCGCAGAUCUCAGCUGCAGAUCCCCCAAACUCGACCGUGGAGCUGGACCAGGAGUUCUCGGUGACGAUGGAAGAAGGCGACCUGCAGCAAGGCCGCCUCCACCUCUCCGCCGUGCGGUGUGAGGGUGAGGCCGGAGUGGCCUCCGGGGGACACCGCGGGCGAUCGCGGGAGUCCGGAGACCCCGGGGGUCGCCCGCCAGAAGCGCAGCUGCACCUCUCUGAAUUGGAACUCCACGUUGCGCCGUUCGUCAGCUGGCUCUUCUUGCGCAAGUCUGGCCAGGCGGCCGAGCGCUGUGGAGACAUCCGCCUCUCGCUGAAUUACCUCCCCACAGCGGAGCGGCUGACCGUGGUGGUGGUGAAGGCGCAGCAUCUCGUGUGGCUGGGGCACAAGGCUUCUGCCGACCCCUACGUGAAGGUCUACCUGCUUCAGGGGGGGCGCAAGAUGAGCAAGGUGCGCACCGCUGUGCGCAAGGACGAGAGGAGCCCAGUCUACAACGAAUCCUUCACGUUCAGCGUGCCGCGCGCUUGCCUCCCCAAUGUGUCCGUGCGCGUGACCGUGGCUGAGCGCGCGCCCGGCACGGGGGGCCGUGCCGAGGUCGUUGGGCACGUGGUGCUGGGCCCGCGGAGUCGCGGAGCAGCGCUGGCCCACUGGACCGCCGUGCUGGCGUCGCCCCGCAGGGCCGUGGCCGCGUGGCACGCGCUCAUCCGGGGCCCGCCGGACGAGUCGGCCGAGGGGGCCCAAGGCCACCCGCAGCAGAGCGGGGGCCAGGCCUCGAUCAUCAGCAACACCGAUGACCUGCUCUGCUAGGGCGGUUUACCGCCGCCGCUGCCGUCAUCAUCAUCACCACCACCACCUCCGAUUAGUACGGUUGGCUACGUACGGUGCGAAAGAAGUUCAACAUACCCGUACAUACUCGAUGAUGUGUUAGCAUGGUUGCAUUAUCGCAUCGUCGUAGUCUUCGUCAUCGUCACGAUCACUGUAGAUAUCGGCGCUUAUCAGUCACGGUGUCAUCACGCAGCAUCAGCGGCACCGCCAUCCGUCUUCAUCAUCAUCAUCCCCACCACGAUUAGCAGCAACAGAAGGGGGCGAUACAAGUCUGCGGCUGCAGAUGCAUUCAUCACGUUCGUCCACGGCAACCAGCAUCGGAUGCAGCAACAGUAGCAGUAUUGUCAGUGAGAGUCAUUAACAAUAAUCACCAUCAUCACCAUCAUCAGCAUCGACCAGCACCAGCACCGGGUGGAGUAGCAGCAGCAUUCUUAGUGACAUCAUCAUCAACAUCAUCAACAUGAUCAACAUGAUCAUUAGCAGCAGCAUCCACAGCAGAAUUAUCAAUAGGAUGCUCGCCACUCAUCAUCGUCAUGAGCAGUGGCAUGAUCAUUCAUUCACAAAAUCACCAACAAUAAAAGCAGCUGCAUCAUCAUCAUCGUCGUGAUGGUGGCACAGCUCUGUAAUUUAAAUUAUUUUAAAGAUGCGCGUUAUACAUCUUGCCCACCGAAAAGACAAACAAGGUGGUGUUUGCAUCAAUAAAAAUAUAACAUUAUCCACUGUUAAUCCAUAUUGUGUUAUCCAUCAAUCAUUUAACUGCCACAAUCUCACCUACCAUGAUCCAUCCAUAAAAUAACUUGGCAUAAUAAAGUUUCUAACAACCUCUAUUCAAUCCGCUCCUGGAUGAAAGCCUCCCCCAUGCAGUGUCAAUCGAGGGUGGGGGGGUGGUGGGGGGGGGGUUGACCAUACUUCACCACAUUAGUCAGUGGGGGUUGGCAAAGGGUUGAAAACCCAGCACCGGGUUUUCAACCCUCGCUACACGCACACAGAUAAACAGACUGCCACCUAUAUCUGUCCGCCCAUAAACAUAUAUACAUACAAGUAGAUAUACAAUCCAUCGGUGUGUGUCCAUGCAUUAUUAUAAGUAUUACACUGGUCAACCUGAGGACGGCUGCUUGCGUUGUGGCCGAAACGUCGUGAGAAUUGUAUUUUAUUGUGUUUUAUUUUUUAUUAUUUUAUUAUUUCCCUUCUCCGUGACUUUAUCGAAAGAACCAAGAAAAAGAAAAAACACAUACUCUGAUAAUAAAUUCAUUGUCUUUGAAACUGAUUGGUCCACCCGAGAUUCAGCUUUCUUUCGAGCCUCGUCUCAAACGGUGUUAGACCAGAGGACGUCAAAAAGCUGUCUCUGGUUUGGACCAAUCAGUUUCAAAGACAAUGCAUAUAUGAUCAACCCUUAUUAAUUGGCUGUGUCGGGUGGUGGCGGCUUUAACGACACAGUUAUAUAUUUACGCAAUCUAACCCCCCCCCCCCCCCCCCAUUAUGCACUUUCAUCCUUUCCGACCGCGUUUUCACACAAACCCUUAAUCGCGUGAAAUCAUUCUACGCGUACCCAACCACUGUUUGAUUGGUCUAACAAUCAACAUUUACACUUCUCAAUCCGCUCAAGCCUCCUGUAAAAAAUCACGUGGUUUCUAUGUGGCCACUCCCACUCCGCGUUCCUCCACCGCCCCCUGUGAAAACAGACGCUGCUCCGUGCGAUGCCCUGAUGUAGCAACCUUCUUCCUAUCCUCAUCUUUACCGACCCCUUGUUUCCGUGUUUCCCAAUCGUUUUCCUACCUCUUCCCUCCCAUUUCCCAUUAUUUUAUUCAUCUCUUUUUCCGCUUCCAGUUUUCUUCUCCCCGUACAUCAUACCAUCGACUCUACCCCGCUUCCUGUGAACGUGCCAUGGGUUUAAAUGUUGCUAGUUGCCCCUAUAACCCAUGAGCCAAUGGGCCGUUGGGCGUCUCUGCUUUACACUCCGUCGACGUCUCACGCCGUUUCUACACCCUUUAAAAUCGACAGCUAGACAGCUCUACCACCUCGCGUAUGACCGUGACGAUCCACUCACAUUAUUUGUGAUCUAGGGGCAUAAAACGCUUCGGGAAAUGUCACGUUGAAAGUUUGAACCCGCCCUAGGGCGCAGAGCAGUUAACCGAUUCCCCACGACACCGUGUGUCACCACCACGUGUCGACCAAGGUCCUGUCGAUGGACGUUGUGAAGGUGGUGGGUUGGGUUGGGGGGUAUGAGCCGCCAGGGCCGCGUGGAACAUUGGCUAAGAAUAGCGCGAAGUCGCAAAAACGAGCGCGAUUGCUCAUUGCUCCCACGUCAGCCCCGCGAGUCAACGACGCCGUGCGGGUCGUCUACCAACGACUCAUCGAGACGCAGCGAGUAGCACUUGUGAAAGCCGGCACGGCACACGUGGGGGUGGGUGGACAAAACUAAGCCCGGCCGCCUUUGUCUCCCCAGUGGUGAUGUUUGCACAGCGCAACAGAGACCCACGUCGUGAGCGUGAAUGGAACUCGGGUCGCCGGGUUCGUAGCGGAGUGCACUACCCACGACACCACCGCUCUCCAUUAUACACACAAAGACAAAGAUCCCCCGUAUAGCCUGAACAGACUGUUGGGGCAAGGGCCGUUAGCGAGGACCUAUGAAGGCCGGCACGGCAUACGUGUGGGUGGGUGGCGAACACCACGCCCGGCCGCCUUUGUCUCCCCAGUGGUGAUGUUUGCGCAGCGCACAAGGUACUCAUCUCAGGCAGAAGUCGACCUAGUAGCAAUGAGAGGUACUCGACCUCGGGUCGCCGGGUUCGUAGCGCUGCGCGCUAACUGCUACGCUACACACAUCUCGUUCUCGUCUACUGCUGCACACGAUGUGGAACUCUCCCCAGUCUCCCACGCUGUUGACUUCUCCC